AUGAGGAACAAUACUAUUCUUGUUAGGCCAGAUAACUUCACCUAUUCCAUUGUACUCCCCUGUUGUGAUCAUCUGGGUCUUGUUUAUCAAGUUCAUUGUGAAAUGAUCAAGCUUUGUUCGGUUUCAGACACUUGUUUGUGGACUAAUCUUAUGCAGAUGUAUGCAAGUUUUGGUGUUUUUGAAGAUGCAAAGAAGGUGUUCGAUGAAAUGCCUGUUAGAGACUUGGUUGCUAGAAAUGCUUUGUUGUCUAGUAUCUCUAAGUGUGGGCUGAGUGAUGACUGCUUCAAUUUGUAUAAACAGCUAUUUGAGGAAGGAGAUUUUGGUGAUGAGUAUACUUAUUCUAUUGUUUUGAAUGCGCUAGCGUCUCAGUCGCAAGUGGUGGAAGCAAUGCAAGUCCAUUCGAAUGUGAUCAAGUUGGGGUUCUGUUCUGAUGAGUACAUUUGUAAUUCUUUGUUGGAGUUGUAUUCUAAGCACAGUUUAGUGGACUCUGCAAUGGCAUUGCUUGAGGAGUUACCACAUAAGGAUGCGUUUUCAUGGACAACUAUUGUUACUGGCCUUUCACAAAGUGGAAAUAUGGAUGAUGCUAUCUUCUUGUUUCAUAAAAUGCAGUCAUCUGGUGUGGAGCCUAACUCAUUCACCUUUGGCGGCUUGCUUAGCGCAUGUGCCGCCACCAACUUGCUACAGAGAGGAAAACAACUCCAUGGUCUUGCCGUGAAACAUGGAUUUGAAGAUAACUUGGUGGUGGGGGCUGCAAUUUCGGAUAUGUACUUUAAAUGCGGCGAGAUGGACCAUGCAUUGAUGAUGUUUAAGAUAAUGCCCGAGAAAGAUAUUGUUGUUUGGAAUGGAAUGAUAUGUGGGUAUGCUCAGAAUGGUGAAGCAAGAAAGGCCUUGAAUGUUUAUGAUGAGAUGAUGCUAUUAAGUUCAUCAUCAGCAUCCGAAAUUUCGCCAAACGAUGUAACUUUCACUGGUGUGCUUAGUGCAUGUUGUCACAGUGGUUUGGUGAAAGAGGGUUGUGAAUACUUCAGCCAAAUGAUUCAUAAACAUAGGAUCAAACCCAAAAUAGAGCAUUAUAAUUGCAUGGUUGACAUGCUUGGAAGAGCAGGGUUACUUGAAGAAGCUGAGGCUCUUAUGCUACAAAUGCCUUAUAAGCCUGAUGAUGUAAUGUGGAGUACACUAUUGGGAGCAUGCAAGAUGCAUAGGAAUUUAACAAUGGCAAUGAAUAUAUCUCAAAACCUUCAUAUUAAUGGACCAUGGAGUUCUUCAAACUAUGUGCUGCUUGCAAAUUCUUAUGCCAAUGUUGGUGAAUGGAGUGAAACUCAGGAGGUUAGGGAAAUGAUGAAUUUGAGGGGGCUUAAGAAAAGUUCAGGAUGUAGUUGGAUUGAAAUUGGAGGCUACCUAUAUCCAUUUCUUGCUGGGGAUGAUAAAUCACAUACUCAAAUUGAAAGAGAGCAUCAUCAUGCUUUAAAGAGCAUGUGUAUUCACAUGCAUGGAAUAUAUGAAGAAAAUAAUGUGCUGAAUUUUGAUGCUAAUGAUGAUUGA